AUGGGUUCGGAAUUACAACCUCUGUGUUGGCAGGAAGGGGAAACAGUAUUACAUUUGGCAGCUCAGAGCGGAAACUUUGAGUUUACAAAAUGGCUGAUAGAAGAAAAAGGAAUGGAUCCCAUGGUUAAAACAGCAAAGGAAGGGGAAACAGUAUUACAUUUGGCAGCUCAGAGCGGAAACUUUGAGUUUACAAAAUGGCUGAUAGAAGAAAAAGGAAUGGAUCCCAUGGUUAAAACAGCAAAGGGUGGAUACACAUCAUUGCACCUGGCUGCUAAUUUCGGACAUUUCAAGGUCGUGAAAUGGCUAAUUGAAGAAGCUGGGAUGGAUCCUUUGGAUACAUCAUUACGGGUGAACUUGACAGACAAUAUAAAGGUCAUCUCACUGUUCUGA